AUGGGCCCGACGCUCGCCGAGCUCGGCAUCCCGGCGUCGCUGCAGGGUGCGUCCACGGUGAGGCGGUUGGACGACACCACCUAUGAGGCGAACCUGGAUCCCGCCUUUUGCGUGCGUGCAGUCCCCAACGGCGGCUAUGUCGCCUCCAUCUUCCUGCAAGUCGCCAAGGCGCACAUGACGCCGCGGGGCCAGCCCGACACCAUCGCCGUCCACUGGCAGUUCCUAUCGCGGACGUCCAACGGGCGCGCCGUCCUCAAGGUCGACGAGGUCAAGACGGGCCGCGCAAUGUCCGUCCUGCACAUCACGCUGCACCAAGCGGACCUGCUCCCCUCCCAGCCGUGGGUGGCGCCCAACAGCCGGGACCGCGGCCAAGUCGUGGCGUACGUGACCAACCGCAACAUGGACGACGAGGGCGGCGUGUCGUUCCAGACCGGGUGGGCGGUCCAGCCCGCGCCUCCGCCGCCCAUCGACUUCUCCAAGGUGCGGCUCGGCCAGGACCCCCAUUGGGCGCGCAUGGAGAUGUUCCUCAUGCGCCAGCUGCCCAUGCUGCACAACCUCGAGUACUACGUGCCGCGCGCGGGCCAGCCCCUCCCGGCCACGAUGGACCUCUGGAUCCGGCUCGCGAACGAGGCCGACGGCCGCUUCGUCGCCACGUCGCUGGGCUACGUCGCGGAUGCGGCGGCGCCGCUCAUCGUCGAGAACUACCGCCAGCCUCGCGGCGAUGGACCGUUUCCCGCAGACUCGUUUCCGCGGAACAAGGGCUUCUGGUUUCCGACCGUGUCCAUGGGCCUCGACGUGCGGAAGCGGUUGCCUCCGGAGGGCGUGGAGUGGCUGCGGCUGCGCAUCGCGACAAAGGCCAUUAUAAACGGGCGGUACGAUGCAGAGCAGGUGGUAUUCGAUGACAAGGGAGAUUUGAUCGCCACUUGUCAUCACGUCGCGAUGGUCGUGGACGUGGCGAGAAACACGGCCGGAAGAGGCCAGGCAGUCAAGGCGUCUCCCAAGGGCAAGAUGUGA